AUGGGCGUCGAAGAGAAGCACUCAUCAAUCAACGCAACCGCCGAAGUGAAUCCCCCUCCUCGCAACAGAAAGCAGAAACUCCUCGACUCCUUUCGACCGCACGACGGCAAGAACGAAGAUGUCGCCGCCGGCUUCCUUGCCAAUAUCGAUCCGGCCAUCGCUGGGCAGGAAAUUUCACGACAGGAGGAAAAGAAAGUCCUCCGGAAGAUCGAUUGGAUUUUGAUUCCUCUGAUCUCAGUUACCUGCAUCCUCGCGGCGGUCGACAAGGUCAUUAUAUCUAAUGCUGCUAUCUAUGGGAUGGAGGAGGAUACGCAUUUGACCGGGAAUGAUUACUCUUGGGUUGGGUCGAUCUUCUACUUUGGCUACCUGGCUUUCGAGUUCCCAGCGGCAUACCUCACGCAACGACUUCCCGUGGCGAAGUUCCUCGUCUUCAACGUCUUUGGCUGGGGAGUCCUCAUGCUCUGUACAUCCGCGACUCAAAAUUUCGGUGGUCUCGCCACCUGCCGUUUCAUCAUGGGAGCGAUGGAAGUGCCCGUCUUCUCCAGCUCAGCAAUCAUGACAGCCAUGUGGUGGAAAACAUCCGAGCAGCCGAUCCGCAUCGCCUUCUGGUUCAAUCAGGGGUCUUCGAUUUUCGCUGGGAUCGUCAGCUACGGGAUUGGCCAUACGCAUACCUCAGUCGCGCCUUGGAGGCUGCUCUUCAUUGUUCUGGGGGCCUUCUCCCUGCUCUGGGGUCUUGUGCUGUACUUCUUCCUGCCGGACUCUCCGACGACAUGCUGGUACCUGUCGGAACGAGAGAGAUUUAUCUGCGUUCAGCGAGUCAAAGGCAACAAUACGGGUCUUGAGGAGAAGAAGGUCAAAUGGUACCAAGUCCGAGAAUGCCUCCUGGAUCCCAAGACGUGGCUUUUGGCAUUGUUUGCGAUAGCGCAGAACAUCCCUAACGGAGGACUGAUCACUUUCUCUUCGAUCAUCGUGUCGGGUCUGGGAUACAAUCGGCUGGUCACGACGCUUCUCGGAAUACCCACUGGAGUCAUCGCUACAGCUUGGCAGCUCAUUUGGUCGUUCAUGGUUGCCAAGUUUCCAAACGGGAGAUGUCUGACCAUCGCAUUCAUGGAUCUCUUCCCGCUGGUUUGCGCAGUGCUCAUGUGGAAGCUACCACGAGACAACAAGCAAGGCCUCCUAGCUGCGUACUACUCUUUCUACUCGUACUGGGGCCCCUACGUCCUCUGCACCUCCCUCCCCAUGGCCAACUCCUCUGGCCACUCCAAGAAGCUCACCGUCAACGCCGUCUUCUUCCUGUCCUACUGCAUCGGCAACAUCAUCGGCCCUCAGUUGUUUCAAGCUAACGAUGCACCGGACUACUCGCAUGGCUACGCGGGCAUGCUCGGCUGUAUUGUCGUUGCGAUCGUCUCGAUCUUGGGCCAUGGGUUGCUCUGUUUCCUGGAGAAUCGGCGCAGGGAUCGUGUGUAUGGAGUGGAUGCGGGUGAGCAGGCUUCGGAGGCGUUCUCGGAUCUGACGGAUAAGGAGAAGGUUGCUUUUAGAUAUGUGUACUAG